GGAUCUAGCAUGCUCAUAUAUUUAUCAUAUUCUGUUUGUUUUUCCAGAGUCGUUUGAGUCUCUCUUCAAUAUAGGAGAGAUGAUUGGAUCCGGAGGAUUUGGCAGGGUGUUCAAGGGUACGCGGAAGUUUGAUGGCAAAAAGGUUGCCAUCAAAGAGAUCAACAAGAUUGACAACAAUCGUUAUCUUGUUAUUCCUGGGCAUCCCGAACCUCUGGUUACAGAAGUGGCGCUGCUGCUGCUGAUGAGGCAGGAACCCAGAAGCCCGUACAUCAUACAGCUGUACGAGUGGUUUGAACACCCUGAAAAAUUCACUCUCGUUAUGGAGUACCCUGAACCAUGCGAGAGCUUGCUGGAUUUCAUCAGACGUAACUCUACACUGCAUGAAACAACGGCUCGGGUCAUCAUGCGACAGGCGGUGCUGGCAGUACAACACUGCAUCGAGCGUGGCGUUUUUCAUAAUGACGUUCAUGCGGACAACUUCCUGUUGAUGAAAAACAAGUUAGAGGUCAAGCUCAUAGACUUUGGCUGCGGUCAGCUUCUUAGUAGUGACGGCUACGAGAGCAGUAAAUACCUCGGACUACCGGAUAGCUGCCCACCUGAAGCCUACACAGGACCGAGAUUCCACGCCAUUCCUACAAAUGUCUGGAGUCUUGGAGUGGUGUUAUACGAGAUGGUGAAUGCAUGUUCUCCGUUUUUCGGUAGAACGGAUAUCACACAAGGUGAAGUUAUAUUUGAGAACUCCAAUUUAUCCAAAGGAAAUAACACACUUGCGGUCCUUGGUGCAGGGCUUGAGCUCGUGACGUGA